AUGGCUCCCAACCACACCAAAACAGACCAGCCCGUCUACCUCCGCAUCUUCGGCUUUGAUCUUCAUUGCGACGCCCUCACGAGCAACGACCACAACACUUCCCAAGUCGACCGCGUAGCUACCUACAAUGCCUACCGCACUCAAUACGCUGUACAGCCCUACCACUCUGUCCCCGCACUAGCCUCACAGUCCAGGAAGUCACGUUCGGUGCUGACUGUGCAAGAACCAAAUAUCUACACUGCCCUUUCCCACGCUGCCAUGAGUCUGCCACCCCUUAGCAACACUGAAACGCUCCUUCCUAACUUCCCAGCAGAGCGACCACUCUUACCUGCUAGGAACGCCUCCGAUGGCGAAACCGACUACUCCACGGAUGAUAACCUCUCGAGCACCGGGUCUGACGGUUGGGUUGACUUUGGCCGCGGCGAUUUGUACGAGGACAUCUGCGACGACGACGACGACGACAACAACAACAACAAAAACAACGAUGACAACAAAAACCAUACCACCUACGUCAAGAUCAAAUCCAAAACUGGCGCAUCCAGCCGGGUGAAGCCGCCCAUCGUCUCUGCCAAGCAUCUUUCGUCUCGCUCAAGAGCAAAGCACCGCGAUUCUACCACUGACCACCGCGACUUCAUUGUCUGCUUCAUGAUGAUAAUAGUCAUUCUGGCGCUGUUGCUACCUGAGCGAACAUUCGUUUUCUGCGAACUGGUGGGCUUCGUACUGGCCGAGGUUGCAUCAAUCUUGAUCGAGGCAAAAAUUCUCCGAUUUGUAUUAGCUGUGGUGUUGUUCACUGUGGCGAGCCUCAAGAAGCAGAACCCGUGA